GAAGAAUGUAGAAAUACAAUCGUUUGGAUCUAAUUUGGAUCUCCUUUCAUUUCGUUUAAUAUAUCUACAUAGAUACAAUAUCUUUUAUCAUUCAAUGAAUAACUAAUUAAACACAUUAGAUCAUUUAUAUAUGUUUAUGAUAGAAAUCUAUUUUUGAUUUUGAUUUAAAUCCAUAUCUUAAAUGUAAUAUGAAUAUUAUUAUGAAAGAAAAGAUUAAAUUGAAUAUAUAUUCUAUAUAAGGAUUGUUUAGAUCUUUUUUAUCAUGUGGAUAGUUUGUUGUCGUAAACAAGAAAGAAAAAGAAGGAAAAUAAAAGAGAAUUUAAAAUUAAAACAAAAAGAUUCUAUUGAUUAUCAAUGUAAAGAUGCUGAUCAUGAUGAGGAUAAUGAUAAUAAUGGGAUUAAUGAUCAUGAUCAUGAUCAUAAUGAUGGAGAUAAACUUAAAAAUGAUAUGAAACUAAAUAAUGAUUUAUAUGAUUAUACAGGAAAUGGUUAUUAUUUUAAACAAGAAAGAAGAAGUUUACCAGAUGUUGUGAUACCUUCAACAAAUUUAAUUAUCAAUCAUUCAUAUCAUCAUAAUAAUUCAUUCAUAAUACAAAGACCUAGUUUACAAAUGGAUUAUAAAACUGAACAUAGACCAACAAUCCUAUUAGAAACUAUAAUUCCAUUAGCUAAAUCAGAAAAUAUUGCGUUAGAUGAUAAUUUAAAUGAUAAUAAUAAUAAUAAUAAUAAUAAUAAUAUAAAAUUAAAUAUGAAUAAUAAAGAUUUUAUAUUGAAUAAACGAAGAGCUCAUAGUUUGAUAUCAACUUAUCAACAACAAUUAAUCAAUAAUCAUAAAUUAUAUCAAUCAAGAAAAUCCGAUAUUUCACAAAAUCAUAAUAAUGAUCAUAAUCAGAAUGAAAAAAAAUUAGUUACUAAGAAGAAACUUAGUUUAUUUAAAAUGAAAUCAUUAAAACGUUUACGUAAAUCUAAUAAAGAUCAUUACAAUACAAUUCAAUCACAUUCAUUAUAUAAUAUAAUAAAUGAUCAAACAAAUAUGAUCACAACUAUAAAAGAUAAUCUAUCGAAUAGUUAUAAAAUGAAAUCUUCUAUAAAAUCUAUGAAACAGUCGAAAUUAUUUUCAUUAAAUAAAUCAUUGCAUGAUAAUAUGACAACAGUUAAGAAUGAGAAUAAUCAUGAUGAGAAAGAUUGUACUGAAUCAUUAGAUGAUAGUUUAGGACAAUUACCUAUUACUAAAAAUAAUUCUAUAUUCAAGCAUAUUCAUCAUCAACCACGUCAAAUAACAAAACAUUCUGAUUUUAUAAAAUGUAAUAAUAUUGAUUAUUUAUCUAAUCAUUCUAAUCAUAAUCAUAAUCAUAAUAAUAUUGUAUUAAGACGUGGUUCACUUUGUAUUUUUAGUCAAAUUGAUGAACCGAUUGUAACACCAUUUGCUCAAAUAUUGGCUAGUUUAAGAAAAGUUCGAUUAAAUUUUAUUAUAUUAACAAAUGUGACAAGUACAAGAGAUUCACGAUUUGGAGCUGUUCAAUCAAUACAAUCUAAUGAAGAUGGAAAUAGUUCUUCACACUUAGGUUACAGUGGUAGUUGUAGUGGUGGACAAAAUAAGAUAACAGCUAGUGAAACAUUGGAAGAACUUGAAUGGUGUUUAGAAAGAUUAGAAAAUAUACAAACUCAUCGAUCUGUUAGCGAUAUGGCAUCGAGUAAAUUUAAGAAAAUGUUAAAUAAAGAAUUAAGUCAAUUCGCUGAUGCUGGUCAAAGUGGCAAACAAAUAUCCGAAUAUAUUUGUUCAACAUUUUUAGAUUCAAAAGAAAAUGAUCCAUUAACAACUACAAAUCAUUCAUCUAUGAUAUCACAUAAUAAUACACAUGGAAUAAUGUCGAAUAGUAUAAAUAAAGAUAUAAUAAUAAAUAAUCAUGAUAAUCUUUCUGAAGUGAAUACAUAUAAACCUUUAGAUAACAUAAAGAACUCAGAAUCAACUAGUAUGUAUUUAUUUAAAACUGUUGAACCCGGUGAAACAAUUCAAACAACAGCAGCAACAACAACAACAAUACUGACUGACAUUACUGAUGGUGAUACAAUGAUAGCAGUGACUAGUGAUAAUAACAGUAGUAAUAUUCCUAGCACAAUUAAAAGUACAACCGCAACAAUGGGAUCUACUAUAAUGAGUAAAUCAUUGUCUAAAUUAUCUUCCUCACUAUCAACAUUAUCAUUGAAAAUGAAUAGUAAUGUGAAUGUAAAUGAAAAUACUAAUAGUAAUGACAAUGAUAAUAAUAAUAAUAAUAAUAAUAAUAUAAUGAUUAAAUCUAGUGGAAAUUCUCAUAUCACAAUGUCAAUCCAUUCUUCUGGUACAUCACCUCCUCCUCCUCCUCCUCCUCAAUCUCAUCAACAUCAUAGUGAAUAUGAUAAAAUCCAUUGUUCACAAACACAAAUUGUACCAUAUGUAAUAAAUUCAACAAAUCCAAAGAAACUUGAAGAUCUUCUAAAAACUUCCCUUGAUCUAUGGGGUAUUGAUAUAUUUGAAGUAGACCAACUUACUACUAAUCCACUAACGUGUGUAUUUUAUAAUAUUGUACAGAAAAGAAAUCUUUUGCAAAAAUUUGCUAUACCUGAACGUAAUCUACUUCUAUACAUGACUGCUGUUGAAGAGAAAUAUAACGACAAUCCGUAUCAUAAUCGUGUUCAUGCAGCUGAUGUUGUACAGUCAACACAUGUAUUAUUAAAUGCACAAUCAUUAGAGUCUGUAUUUACAGAUUUAGAAAUUUUCACAGUACUAUUUGCAUGUGCUAUCCAUGAUGUCGGUCAUCCAGGGGUUACAAAUCAAUAUUUAAUUAAUACAAAUGAUCAAUUAGCAAUUCUAUACAAUGAUUCAUCUGUAUUGGAAAAUCAUCAUUUAGCUAUAGCAUUUUCCCUAUUAGGUCAACCAGGUCAUGAUGUUUUUGAGAACUUUCCACGUAAACAACGACUUAGUUCUAGACGUAUGAUUAUUGAUAUGGUUCUAGCUACAGAUAUGUCCAAACAUAUGAGUUUGUUAGCUGAUUUGAAAACAAUGGUUGAAACGAAAAAAGUUGCUGGAUCCGGUAUACUUACAUUAGAAAAUUAUAUUGACAGAAUGCAGAUUUUACAAAAUAUGGUACAUUGUGCUGAUUUAAGUAAUCCAGCUAAACCAUUAGAUUUGUAUAGACAAUGGACUAAUCGUGUUAUGGAAGAACUUUUUCAACAAGGUGAUAAAGAACGUGAAUUAGGCAUUGAAAUAAGUCCAAUGUGUGAUCGAAAUACAGCAACUAUUGAAAAAUCACAGAUCAGCUUUAUUGAUUACAUCGUUCAUCCAUUAUGGGAAACAUGGUCGGAUUUAGUUUAUCCAGAUGCACAAACUAUUUUAGAAACAUUAGAAGACAAUCGUGAAUGGUAUUAUAAUCAAAUUAAUGAGAAUAAUAAUAAUGAAGAAGAAGAAAAUGAUGAAUGAAUAAAUUGAUCAAAACCACUAAAUCACAUCAUGUGUAUAUACACUUAUUUGAAUUCUGCAUUUCUGAACUGGAUUUAUAUCAAAUAAUAUAUCAUUUAUUGAUCAUUCAAUUGGAAUUGUUUCCCUGUUCCCAUACAUUUUCUUUUUCAUAAUGAUUAUUUUUGAUUUUUUAAUUAGUGGCGAAUAAGCUUACCUCUCUCUCUCUUAUAUGUUAAAUGAACAGCGAUAUCAUGAAACACAUAGAAACAACUAACAUUGAGGAUAUAUAUAUAUAUGUUGAUGUACAUUGAAAUUUUAUGGUCUUUUAUUGAAAAUCUAGUAUUAUUUACCAUUUUAUAAUCUGGUUUCAUCCUCUAUUGUAUUCAAUAUGUUUAUGAAUAAACAAUCAAAAAAUAUCAUAUAUUAACCAUCUUGUACUUUGUCAUUCACUCUCUCCCUUUUUGUCUGUGCGAGUAGCAAAGGGAUUUUAUGUCUUCAUAGAACACUGCCGACGAUUAUAUUCACCUCAUUCUCUCGCUUUCUCUCCAUUAUACACACUUCCAUGAGGAGUAAAAGUUGAGAAUUCUUCUCACAUUUCAUGAUGUAUUUAUUGUACUUCUAUGCGUUUAGUUUCAUACUAUAUAUAUAUAUAUAUAUGUACAUAACAUUGCUCAAUUUCUUUUCGCAUUUCCUGAUCCCUAUUACAGUUUUUGUCUAUCCCUUAAGUUGAAAGAUAUAUACAUCAUAAUGUUUACAAGUGACAGACAUAAAUUUAAAGGAAGGAAAAAUGUGUUCAGAGAAACCUAUCAUUUUUCAUUACUGGUUUACAUUGUUUCAUGUACACGAAUUGUAGAGAGAGAGAGAGAUAGAGAUAGAAAAAGAAUGCAAUUACUGACGUUCGUGUUUUUGAUAGUGAUCCCCACUACCCAUCACCAUAAUAACGAUGUUUUAUGUGUAUUAUCUUUCUUUAUAUUUUUUUUGCAAGUAUUUCAAUAAUCCUAGUUAAUAAUUAAAAGACGAUAGGAGAACAGAUUGAUGAUCAUUUUCUGAUCAACUUCAUUUAUAUUUGUUGUAUGUGUGUAAUCUAAUCUCUUUGAUUUUAUUGUUGUUCCUGUAUUCAUGAUUUCCAUCUAACUUUAUAAACACAUUCAAACAUCAUUCUCAAUAAGUGUAUAUCAUAGGGAUUAUAAUAGUUAUUUAAAGAAGAAGAAGAAGAAGAAAACAAAACAUGACCAGGUACAUAUUCUCGUGUACGUAUUAUGAUGAAUAUUACUUAAAGCCGGCAAUCAAUCAUACUUUAAUACAUUUCGCAUUAUUACCUUAAUCUUUUACAUACAUAUACACACAUCCACCACAUGUCUCUAUAUCGAUUAAUCGAAUAUAAUAUACAAUUAUCUUGGAUUAUUAUCAUUAUUAUUGAAUGUUCACAAUAAUAUUUAUUAAUAUAAAGAGGAUGUUGAAGAAAUAUGUAGAAAAUAAAAGGUAUACAAUGUGAUAAAAUGUAUUGAUUUUUUGUUUAUUAUGGAUUUACUUCUUUUUUUGUUUUGUUUUUCUCUAUUCAUUCAUUACUGUACUUCAUGGUUUUGUUAACUUUCCUAAGUUUUUUCACUUUUGUUUCGUCCUGUGACCUUUCUCUGCAAG